AUGGAACUCGAUUCUCUCAUGGCCUUGUCCGCCGCCUUCGCCCGUCUGGUAUGGCGUUUUGUGUCACUUACCUUGCUGGGCAUCGUUGCGGUUACACUCCAGGUUGUCGUCUACCGCCUUACUUUCCACCCGCUGGCCAAAGUCCCCGGUCCCAAAUGGGCAGCAACCUCCAACUUUUGGUAUGCUCGGCAGAUAGCUCAAGGAAGAAUGGCUCAGUUGGGGCUAGAGAUGCACAGAAAGUACGGCGAUAUUGUUCGCAUUGGCCCCAACGAAGUGUGGUUCAACACGACGGAAGCAUUUGACCAGAUAUACUGCACCGGGAAAGGGUUUGAAAAGUCCGACUUCUACUUGGCGACGGCGCUGACCAGACCAAGUAUUGAUUGGAAGUUCAACGCAAACUUUGAGGAUACAUUGGAUCUCUUGUCCGAGAGAAACAUGAAGCGCUAUCGGUUACAGAGACGUCUGAUCGGCCGCGUCUACAGUGCCGCGAAUGUGGCGAAAUACGAAGACGCCCUCACUGCAGCGCUGGAGAGGGUAGUAAAACGGCUCUCUGACCUAGACGGAAAAGAGAUUGAUCUCAAAGAAUGGAUGCAUAUUAUUACGGUGGAGUGUCUCGGGGCUGCUGUUCUGUCAUGGUCGCCUGGUCUCCUUCGCGAUGGUACAGACUGGGCGACGCUGUCGCAUAGUUUCCAAGGCUGGCGAAGAAAGUGCUUAUUUGGAGUAUUCCCCGCCAUGAAGAAGAUGGAGCAGUUGUCCCCGAGUCUUGGAAGGGCAUUUGCAUCCUUGUGGGGAGUGACAUACCGGCCUCCGCCCACCUUCAAGCCCUUCUUCCCUCUCAGAAAAGACAGACCCGAGUUCAAUGAGGCAUAUCUUCGGAAAAUGGCCGUCACCAACUUCGGAGCCGGUCACGAAACCCUUGCGUCGACGUUGACGGCAUCCGUGGCCAUGAUUGCCUCUCACAUGGAUGUUCAGGAGCAAGUCAUCCGUGAAUUACGCACGGCUGAAGCAGAUGGUGCGCUCGCAUAUGCUACAAGCAACCACCUUCCUUUCACCAGAGCUGCAAUUCGCGAAGCUAUGCGGCUUUACCCCGUGGUGCCCAUGUCACUCCCCCGUAAGACACCACCUACGGGAAUGCACGUCCAUGGAUUAAGUGUGCCAGCCAAUACUACGGUUGGGUGCAGUCCCAUUUCUCUGCAUCGUAGGGAGGAUAUCUAUGGCGCCAGCCCUGACUUGUAUAAUCCCGGCCGCUGGCUGCGCGGCCACGCAGGAGACGAGACGGCUGCAGUGGCUACGCCAUCGGUCCGCAUGAUGGACAAGUACAGCUUGAACUGGGGAGGCGGCUCUCGAAGCUGUCCUGGAAGAAGUUUGGCCGAGCUUGUCGUGCUUCAGGUGAUCGCCACGCUCUUUGGAAAGUUUGAAGUGAAGGCGAAGAUUCCACCUGACGCUGACAAGGAGGCGUAUUUUCUCUUCGUCCUGUCAGGCGUCAAAGUCAAGUUCCUUCCCAGAAACAAGUGA